CAACAGUUAUUAAUAAAACCUAUCAAUUAUUGAAAGAGUCAAUUUUAUAUUCAUUGUCCUGAAUCUCUUCUGCUUAAAAAGCAGAACACCACAAACACAUCGCCACUUGUUCACUAUAUCCUCUUCAUCCAAACAAACAAAAGAACACAUUCACCACAACCCCGUGAUGACCUGAUCCGUUUCUCCACAGUUCUUGUAUCGUCUCUAUCCCUCACUAUCUUCAAAGAUUCAUCAAGUCCUCCUCAAAACAGAGCACGUCUUCCGAAACCGAUCAUCAUCAUCAUCAAUUCGGGUCUUUGAUCCCUAGACUCGGUAGGAAGUAUCGAUCGUUGAGCUUUGAUUCGGGUCUCCUCUUGAUCGUUAAUCAGAGAUUCGAGUCUCCGACAAGGUUGGUUAUGGCAACCUCUGCCUUAAACUCCGACAAAAAGAUCGUCACCGGUCCAGCCGGUUACGUUCUCGAAGACGUCCCUCAUUUCUCCGAUUACAUCCCAAACCCUCCUACAUAUCCAAAUCCAUUACAGGACAACGCUGCUUACUCUGUUGUUAAGCAGUACUUUGUUGAUGAGGAUGACACAGUUCCUCAAAAGAUAGUUGUUCAUCCUGAUAGUCCAAGAGGAACACAUUUCAGGCGAGCAGGACCUCGUCAGAGGGUUUACUUUGAUUCGGAUGAUGUAGUUGCUUGCAUUGUUACAUGCGGUGGCCUGUGUCCAGGGCUUAAUACUGUGAUCAGAGAGAUUGUUUGUGGAUUAUCUUACAUGUAUGGUGUCAAGAAAAUCCUCGGAAUCGAGGGAGGUUACAGAGGAUUCUACGCAAGGAACACGAUCGAUUUGGACUUAAAAACAGUGAAUGAUAUUCAUAAACGUGGUGGAACCAUCCUCGGGACUUCAAGAGGUGGUCACGACACUACCAAGAUAGUUGAUAGUAUUCAAGAUCGUGGGAUUAACCAGGUUUAUAUAAUCGGUGGAGAUGGAUCACAGAAAGGAGCUGCUGUAAUAUUCGAGGAGAUUAGGAGACGUGGACUCAAAGUUGCUGUUGCUGGGAUCCCCAAAACAAUCGACAAUGACAUCCCUAUUAUAGAUAGAUCGUUUGGGUUUGACACAGCUGUAGAAGAGGCUCAACGUGCUAUCAAUGCAGCUCAUGUGGAAGCUACAAGCUUUGAGAAUGGUAUUGGUCUUGUCAAGUUAAUGGGACGUUAUAGUGGAUUCAUUGCGAUGUAUGCAACACUAGCGAGCAGAGAUGUGGACUGUUGCUUGAUCCCGGAGUCUCCAUUUUUUCUUGAAGGCAAAGGCGGUCUUUUCGAGUUUAUAGGCAAACGUCUAAAGGAGAAUGGUCACAUGGUGAUUGUGAUUGCAGAAGGCGCUGGACAAGAUCUGUUGGCUGAAAGCAAUGAACAGUCCACAACUCUCAAAGAUGCCUCUGGGAACAAGCUUUUACAGGACGUUGGCCUAUGGAUCUCCCAACGGAUCAAGGAUCAUUUUGCCAAGAAGAUGACCCUAAACCUCAAAUACAUAGAUCCAACUUACAUGAUAAGGGCUGUUCCGAGCAAUGCAUCAGACAAUGUAUGCUGCACGCUAUUAGCUCAAAGCGCGGUUCAUGGAGUGAUGGCUGGUUACAAUGGCUUCACCGUUGGCCUUGUCAAUGGCAGACAUACUUACAUUCCCUUCUACAGGAUCACUGAGAAACAGAACAAGGUGGUGAUCACUGACAGAAUGUGGGCGAGGCUUUUGUCUUCAACAAACCAGCCUAGUUUCAUGAAGCACGAUGAUAUUCACGAACCAAACCAUUCGGGUGGUGAAGCAGGUGCCAUGAAUUGGUGAAACAACUCGUCUGAAAACAUUUGGUUGAAAAGAAAGAGAAUGGGACUUGAAUGAGAACGUUAACAAAUCAAACUGCAGCUGGCUUCCCAUCUUUACGAGGAUCACUAACUGCAGUGAGUAAUCCCUUGAAUGGUUUUGGUUUCUUAAUAAAAUCUCUACCAAGUUUCCUUCCAAAGUCAGUGACUAUCUCUUUAUCUUCAUCUUCCUUGAAACUCUGAACAAUAAGUUGAACAAUAGCUCCACCUGACGACAUCUCCUCCAGUU